AUUAUAAAUAUUUAAAAAACGACGCGUAGUCUACGUAGGUAAAUAAAGAACGGCAGAGUCCAAGUCACCUGUCAGAUUCUUCUUCUUCUUCUUCACGCGGUUUUCUUUUACCAACUCAACACACAAUCCCUUAAAGCCGAUCAGAUCAACCAGACGAACGGAUCCAAAAUUCUCCGAUAAUCAAAUCAACCCCCUUCGAUUAUCUUCCAAUCGAAUCAAAUCCCGCUUAAUUGUUUUCUCUACUCUACACUUGUAAUCAGUUUGUAUAUAGAAAAACCCUAGUAGUUGGCAGUGAUGUUGCGAGCUUUAGCGCGGCCUCUCGAACGGUGUUUAGGGAGCAGAGCAAGUGGUGAUGGAUUACUAUGGCAGUCGGAGUUGAGGCCACACGCCGGCGGAGAUUAUUCGAUCGCGGUGGUUCAAGCCAAUUCCAGUCUCGAGGAUCAGAGUCAGGUGUUUACUUCUUCCUCUGCUACUUACGUUGGCGUCUACGAUGGCCAUGGCGGACCCGAAGCUUCUAGAUUCGUUAACAGACAUCUCUUUCCUUAUAUUCACAAAUUUGCCAAAGAACAUGGAGGAUUAUCUUCAGAUGUUAUAAAAAAAGCAUUCAAAGAAACUGAAGAGGAGUUUUGCCAUAUGGUUAAACGAUCCCUACCGAUGAAACCGCAAAUGGCGACUGUAGGAUCUUGCUGUCUUUUUGGUGCCAUCUCUAAUGGCACACUGUAUGUUGCGAAUCUUGGUGACUCAAGAGCCGUUCUUGGGAGCGUUGUUGCAGGGGAUGAUAAUAAUAAGAGUGCUGCAGCUGAACGGUUAUCCACCGAUCAUAAUGUUGCCGUUGAAGAAGUGAGAAAAGAGGUUAAGGCACUUAACCCCGAUGAUUCACAAAUCGUCAUUUACACGCGUGGAGUUUGGAGGAUUAAAGGCAUAAUUCAGGUAUCCAGAUCAAUCGGGGAUGUAUACUUGAAGAAACCCGAGUUUUACAGGGAUCCGAUUUUCCAGCAACAUGGAAAUCCCAUUCCUUUGAGGAGACCCGCGAUGACAGCCGAACCUUCCAUUAUAGUCAGGAAGCUUAAACCACAGGAUUUGUUUCUGAUAUUUGCAUCAGAUGGUCUCUGGGAACAUCUUAGUGAUGAAGCAGCCGUAGAAAUUGUACUCAAACAUCCAAGAACUGGGAUUGCACGGACACUUGUAAGAGCAGCUCUCGAAGAAGCUGCAAAGAAGAGAGAAAUGAGAUAUGGAGAUAUAAAGAAAAUCGCCAAGGGAAUUCGACGACAUUUCCAUGACGACAUAAGCGUCGUUGUUGUUUAUCUGGAUCAGCAAAAAUCUGGUUCAUCGAAUAGUAAAUUGGUCCAGCAAGGAGGUAUCACCGCUCCACCAGAUAUCUACUCACUACGCUCUGAUGAAGCGGAGCAACGACGGCUACUGAAUGUGUUAUACUGACUCUUUGAUUAUGGUAAAGAUCCGAAUAGGGAGAAUACUUGUUUACGUAUUUGUUAAUUUUUUAUAAAAAAUUACGAAGAAUGUCUUCUUUUUUUUUUUUUUUAAUAUUGGAGUUGGAUUUGUAUAUUCUUUUACCAGCAGCAAAGAACGACCAAGUCUUUUCUUUCUGGGCAAAGUAGUUUUGGUUUUGACAAACAAUAAUACAUUUGUAAGAAAUCUAGUGAAAGCGGUUUGAGACCAGUCAAA